AUGGCUCACUAUUCUAAAGAAGAACUAGAUGAAGAGUUUGAACAGUUUAUGAAAGAGCUUUCAGAUGAUUCUUUUGAAAAUUCAAACAAAACACCCAGCCGUACCAAGAAAGAAGAAAAAGAUACAGUGCCGUGGUGGAGAAUUGAAGAUGAUUUUGAAGAUGGUGGACUACUGGGAACAAAUGUAAGGUAUUUAAAAACAAAGAAGACUUUUGAGCCUAUUGCGGAAAAAGAAGAGGAGUCUGCUGAAAAGAUAGAACUUCUGAAGAGCAGCGGAACUUCUAUCUUAAGUAUUGACAGCUUAGAAACAAAUGAGUUAGUAGUUUCUGAGCUCAAUCAUAGUAUUCUUGGAUUGGGAUUGGACACCUUAGAAGAACAAGAAGAGAAAGAGCAAUUUUUUGCCAGACUUGAGAAAGGUUUAACAUCCUCUAUUGAUUAUUCAAGAUUAAAUAGAGAAUUAGAUUCUAAUGACUCCACACAUUUUAAAGCUCUACUUAGAAAUCAAGCCAAUGUAGAAUUAACAGGAAAUGAACAUGACUCUGAAUCUAUACAUGAAGAACUGGCAGAUAUUUAUAGUGAUGAUUUUGAAGAUGAGGAGGAUACUAAUGUACCAUUGAUUACUAAAGAUGAAGAGACUUAUUCCAAAGAACAUCCCACAUCAGAAAAAAUAAAUGUACCCAAACAGGAAGAAGAAAAAACUGGCAUGCUGGCUAAUGUUGUGCUGCUUGAUUCAUUAGACUCCAUUGAGGAGGUCAACCUUGAUAACCAGGAUAAAGCAGCAAGUAAGCCAAAGACCCUCCCAGGACCAACUGACCAGGAAAUGACAGGAACAGGUGUCUCUCAUGGGCAAAGCACUAGUGACAUUGAAGCCCUCCACCAAGCUUAUCGUCAUGUAGCCCAUUCUCUGGAAGAUACAGACGAACAAAGAUUUGAGGGUAACGCAGCAGAGAAUACCAAGAGCUCAGUGAAAGAUCAUCCACAUGACAAUGACGAGGAGUCCUCGAAAAACGUUUCUACAACUGAAUCUGAUCUGCCUACGGUAGAAGAGUUGAUGAAACCUAUCAGACUAGGUUCCUUUGGGGUCAGUGCUUUUGAUUUACAACCUGUCAGCUCUAAGAAACUGGCUGAUAAAGAGACUAAAUCUGUUAGCCCUGUGCUUAAGGCAAACUCAGAUCUACCUUUUGAAGAGCCACAUCAUGUGAACAAUUUUUUUGUCAAAAGUGAAGAGAAUGUAACUUUACAAAAGACAGCAAGUGAAGGUGUAGAAAGUAGCUGUCCAAGAGUAAAUGCUAUAGAAGAGCACAUAGAUAAAAUAUACCUUGAUAUUUUGAGGGAAAAACUAUCUGUGGAUCCUUCAUUAUUACCUCAGGAUGACAAAAUUAAUAAAAAUGUGAGUGCUGAGCUUGAUGGUUUUGGAGGAGAAGAGGCUGUCAUUGGUAAGAAAGUACUGGAAAAAAAGGCUAAGAGUGCACCUCCUUUGCUCAGAAGAAAACCCCAGAGGGGAUUAUGUACAUCAGUUAGGAGCUCCGGCUGUGGCAAACCCAAUUCACCAUUCAAGACGUUUUCUACUCUUGAAAAGAAAACUUCAAAGGACAUUAAAAAGAACAAAAAUUUGAGACCCAUCCCCACCUCAAAUCAAGCUAGGAAAAAAGAAACCUUACCUGGAACAAAAGUCAUCAAGCCUGCAGCUUUGGGGACACCAGCUCCCAAAACGGAAAGUUUCUUGGAUGUGCCUAAUAAGUCUAAGGAUCCUACACAAACUAAUACCUGGGUUCAGUUUCCAAAUGACUCUUCAGGAUACCCUGGUGGGAACAAGGAGACAGAAUUAUUUAUGUUUAAAAGAGUUCAGGAAGCAGAGGAAAAAUGGAGGGGUGCACAAGCCUUGAUUGAGCAAAUUAAAGUCACAUUCUCAGAUAAAGAAAGGAAAUUGGAAAAUAAGAUGCAAGAACUAAAGAGACAGCAGGAAAAAGAACUCUUCAAACUAAAUCAAGACAAUUAUAUUCUUCAAGCAAAGUUAAGUAGCUUUGAAGAAGCAAACAAAAAACAAAGGUGGCUACACAUUGGAGAAACAGCUGGGCCUUUCACCGAAGAAAAAUUGAAGCAAAUCCAAAAAGAAAUACAAGAACAAGAGACACUUCUUCAAGGAUAUCAACAGGAAAAUGAAAGAUUGUAUAAUCAAGUGAAAGAUCUCCAAGAACAAAACAAGAGAAAUGAGGAACAAAUGUUUAAGGAAAACCAGAGUUUAUUGAAUGAGUUAGCUUCCUUAAAAGAGCAAAUGCAGAAAAAUCGUUUCCUGUCUCGAGUAGUUGAAGACUCAGAGACCACCAGAAACCAGAGUUUUACAGACCUGCUGGCGGAACUCCGGAUGGCACAGAAAGAAAAAACCAGUUUAACAGAAAACAUUAAAAGACUGAAGCAAGAUAAGCAAGCUCUUGAAGUUGACUUGGAAAAGAUGAAGAAAGAGAGAGACCAAGCCAAAGAUCAGAUUGUUUAUGCUGCAGGUGAAAAAUUAUAUGAAAUAAAAAUUUUAGAAGAAACACAUAAACAAGAAAUCAGUCGUCUACAAAAAAGAUUACAGUGGUAUGCUGAAAAUCAGGAACUUCUAGAUAAAGACGCAGCACGACUUAAAGAAGCAAAUGAAGAGAUUGAAAAACUCAAACUUGAGGUUGAGAAACUGAAAACGGAAUCAGGAAAUCCAUCUCUUCAGCAGAAAAUACGUUUAAAAGACAGAGCAGCUGAUGCCAAAAAAAUUCAGGAUCUACAAAGACAAGUUAAAGAGAUGGAAGGAAUUCUAAAGAGACGAUAUCCCAAUUCUUUACCUGCUUUAAUAAUGGCGGCAUCAGCAGCUGGUGAUACCGUGAGUAGAAAUACAGUGGAAUUCAUGGAAAAAAGGAUUAAAAAGCUAGAAGCUGAUCUUGAGGGCAAAGAUGAAGAAGCAAAGAAAAGCCUUCGUACCAUGGAACAACAGUUUCAGAAAAUGAAGAUUCAAUAUGAACAGAGACUAGAAGAACAGGAGCAGCUACUUGCCUACAAAUCUAAGGAAGUACCCCCAAACCAACAUGACAACUCCAUGGUUAAAGCACUGGAAAAGGAACUCGAUGACAUUAAGGAAGCCCAUCAGAUCACUGUAAGAAAGCUUGAAGCUGAAAUCGCCAUUCUUAAACAUCAGAAUGCUGAAUUAGAACUCAAGAAGAAUGAUAAAGAUGAUCAAGAUUUCCAGUCCAUAGAAUUCCAGGUGGAACAGGCUCAUGCUAAAGCCAAGCUGGUAAGGCUCAAUGAGGAACUGGCAGCAAAAGCAAGAGAAAUACAAGACCUUUCGAAAACUGUGGAGAGGCUUCAGAAGGAGAGAAGAAUGAUGCUGUCUAACCAGAAUUCUAAGGGUAAAGAGGAACUAUCUACUAAAAAGGUGAAGAAAGAUGUUCUGCACACGGGUAAAGGAAGUGCUAACUCCUCUGGAACUGUGGAUGGCAAGCUUUACCAACCACAUACUUUUACCGACUCCCAUACAUCAGAGGUUUUACAAGAAAACUUCAGACUGAAAAAUGAACUACAGAGAGUAACUUUGGAGAGGAAUGAGCUAAAGAUGAAAUCUGAAGCAGCAUCGAAUCAGUUUGAAAAUUCCAUGAAAAGGAUUAAGGAAGAUAACACAGCUCACAUUGCAUCCCUUAAAGCGUCUCAUCAGAGAGAAGUAGAGAAACUGCUUUGCCAAAAUGCAAUAGAAAACUCUACUUCCAAAGUAGCUGAACUAAAUCGUAAAAUAACAACUCAAGAGGUACUUAUAAAACAUUUUCAAAAUCAAGUUAAUGAGCUACAGGGUAAGCAAGAAUCUCUGGUAGUUUCUCAAGUUCGAGAAGAAAUCCUACAGAAUGAGGUUACAAAACUCUUAGAAGAAUUGAGAGAAGCCAAAGAAAACCAUACACCAGAGAUGAAACAUUUCACAGGCUUAGAAAAGAAAAUUAAACAGAUGGAAAUGAGGCAUGAGCAAAGAGAGCAGGAGCUACAACAGAUAAUACAGCAAACACGUCAAGUAGUAGAAACUGAGCAAAACAAAGAAAUUGAGAAAUGGAAAAGACUUGCACAGUUAAAGAAUCGAGAACUGGACAAGUUUCGCACAGAAUUAGACUCAAUAUUAGAUGUUCUUCGAGAGCUGCACCGACAGGGAGUCGUCGUUCCGGUUGCUUUACCAGAAGAAGCUAGUGCACCAGAGUAUUACUAG